AUGAACGCGAACCAAUACCAGUCACUUUCCACUGAGAGGGAAGAAAUCAUGAGCAUUUUUUCGGACCUGAGGCCCGCAAAAUUCUAUCCCGUGCCGGAUGUCGAGGCAAUGCCUCGUCAAACUCACGUCCAGAACUCAGAGGACAUCGUGGCUAGGACAGAUCGGACGACUCAACCGGGCUACAUAUCGGACGCUGAUAUAUUAGGACUGGACCUUUACGUCAAGCCGCCUGAACCAGUUAACGUCGCAUCCAGCUACCAAACUAUGUGGGUCCGGCAUUCCGGGCCGCAAUGGCCAUGGUCGACGCCUCAUUUAACUAGCCGCUGGUGUUAA